UAAACGGAGUACCUCGCUGAUCCCUCACAGACGAGCAGCAGGACAGUAAAGGGUUAAUGUUACUGUACAGAUACAGAAGUGUCUGUCCAUUACUGGUUGCAUGCUUCUUUACUUUCUCCAUUUCCACAGCAGGCACCAAAGAAUAGCUCUGCACCUGCUCUCCAGACACCUUUCAGCAUGGAUGCGUUAAAAUCAGCCGGCAGAGCAAUAAUCAAAAGUCCUGGAGUUCCGCGGCACACAUGGGGAACCAAGCAUGAAAAGCUCCCAGAGAACUGGACGGACACCAAAGAGACACUCCUGGAAGGUAUGGUGUUCAAUGUGAAAUACCUGGGCAUGACUGUGGUUGGUCAACCUAAAGGAGAAGACAUGGCAGCGGCUGCCAUCAUGAGGAUCGUUACCACGGCUCGUGCCAGUGUAAAGAAGUUUAGAAAAGUGACCCUCAAUGUCUCCACAAAAGGAAUCAUCAUCUCAGACACAGAGACCAAUGACCUGAUUGAGGACGUUUCCAUUUACAGGAUUUCUUACUGCACAACAGAUAAAACUCAGGAUAAGGUCUUUGCCUAUGUCUCCCAAAGCCAAUUCAGUGAAACUCUGGAGUGCCAUGCCUUCCUAUGCCAAAAAAAGAAAAUAGCUCAGGCAGUGACUUUGACAGUAGCACAAGCUUUUAAAAUAGCUCUGGAUCUGUGGGAGAUCGCACAGGAAGACAAAAGUAAGAAAGGUCAAACAUGCUAUUCCUGUACAGACCCAGAGUCUCAGCCUGAAUCAGGACCAAACAGUGUUUCAGAGGAGAAGUCUCAGGCUUUGAUGGAGCACAAACUUAGGAAGCCCUUCUUGCCUGCCUUCCUUUCAGCAUCUCCACGCAGCAACACUAGGAGACGGCCAAUGAAGCAUGACUCCUGGGAUGUGGAAGAUUGCCUCGAUGAUGCAUUUUCAAGACUGGCAACAUCCCGCACCAGAACUGUGUCUGAUGAUCCAGCUGUGAGUCCAACAGAAGAAGAUCGUCUCUCUUUCAGCAGUGAGGACUCAGACUGAACAAACAUCAAUCUCGCCAGCCUAUCAUAAAAGUCCUCAGAACACAAUACAUCCCGGCACUUUACACAAAGUGCAUCUUAUGCCUCAGUGAUCGACUCACUUCUGGACUUCAGAAAAGACCACUGCCACAGUAUCUACACUUAGAACCGUGUGUACUACCUAACAACAUUACAAAGUCAACUGCAUAAAUGUGCAUGAUUUAACUAUAUGAUUAUUUAAUGGAAUAGUUCACCCAAAAAUGAAAAUUCUGACAUAAUUUACUCACCCUCUUGUUGUUCUAAACCUGUAUUAUUUUCUAUCUCAGUAGAACACAAAAAGAGUUAUUUAAAGAGUGUCCUGCCUACUCUUCCAUGCAAUGAAAGUAAAUGGGGAUUGUGACUUUUAAGGCCCAAAAAGGACAAAAAAGCACCAUAAAAGUAGCCCACACAACUCUUACGCUAUAUUUCAAAUCUAAUGAAGCCAUACAAUAGCUUUUCACAAGGAACAGAUGAAAAUAAAAACAUAUUAAUUGAAAACCAUGCUGUGGUCGCCUUUCACUUCGAUUGUAUAGAAAUGAACAGCUUGAACGAAAUUACUUCUUUCUUCUUCUUUUCAACAGAAGAUUGAAAGCCACCCAGGUUUGCAACAACAUGAGGGUGUAUAAUUGAUGACAGGAUUUAAAUUUUUGGGUGAACUGAAGUCUUGAAUGCCAAUGUACUCAUGUGAAAACACUAAGUUCAGGGUAAGGGUUUCUGACGGCAUACAACAAGUAUGAAAUGGCAUGUUGUUACAUUGUACUCAAGCAUCUGUGUAAGUAGAUUUGCUACAUAUAUAAUGUAAA